AUGUCCACGGCCACCUUCAACUCCAGGCCGCAGCCUGGUAGUAUUGGCAAUGACGCAAGCCGCUAUACACGGGAUAUAAAAGAUUUUCACGUAGUCGUCCCUCAGAAAAUUCACUCAAACGAAUCGUUCAAUUCACAUUUCUUGAAUCAUUACUAUGAACCAUCUGUGAGGAAAAAGCGCAAUCUAGAUGGUGAAAGAGUCUACUAUAGAUUGGACAUCAACGGACAGCCUCAUAUCCUAGAGCUGGAACCUAACCCUCAUGUUACGUCGCCAGGAAUGAUGGUGGAAACCAGAAGAGGAAGCAGAGACGUGAGUGGUUCUACGUUCCAACGGCCACGUAAACAUCUCUGCCAUUACCGAGGCUCUGUGCGUGGACAACCUGGCUCAAGAGUCGCUCUGUCUGGCUGCGACGGAUUGGUUGGAUACGUACGCACCAAGGAUGGAUUGUUUUUUGUCGAGCCAGUGCACGGAGAUAGUCCAGAGGAGGGGGAAGAACAUGUCCACGUUGUGUACAAACGAUCCCUCGACAACUCCCACAACAAAACAUGCAAUGUUAAAGGAGCACCUGAAGACUGGUGGGCCAUGUGGUGUAGUAGACUGCGCUCGAUGCUGGAGACAAAGGCACUCGAGAAGCGCUCGGAGGUCGGAGUGACCACUCAACGAUGGUACGAGGCUAUGGUCGUGGCUGACAGGAAGUUCCUUAUGUUUCACAAAGACCAUGAUGUCGAAGAAUACAUCAUCUGUAUCAUGAACAUGGUCUCAGAUUUUUAUCACGAUGCCAGCAUUGGAAAUCUCAUUGACAUUACAAUUGUCAGGAUUGUUUACCUUGAAAAACAAGAGAAUGAGCUAGACCUGGAAAUCAAUACAAGAGGUGAAAACACGCUGAGUAGCUUCUGUAAGUGGCAGAAUAAGAUGAACCCUAAGGACCACAACCAUCCUAACCAUCAUGACAUUGCAGUAUUGUUUACCAGGUACGACAUCUGCUCAGAGGAGGACAACUCGUGUUCACUGCUCGGGUUGGCCAACCUGGGCUCUGCCUGCUCGGACACGCAGAACUGCUGCAUCAACGAGGACGCAGGGCUGAUACUAGGAGUCACCACAGCGCACGAGCUUGGUCACACACUGGGUUGUACUCACGAUGCGCCGGAUGAGAGUGGUUGUGAGGCGGUGGCGCCGGGCGGUGACUCUACGGUCAUGAACCCGACUGUGACUGGCGCUACCAGUGCUUGGUCUUCUUGCUCCCGAGGCUUCAUCACUGGACUCUUUGACUCCCAGAUGGGAGAGUGUAUGCUGGACGAGCCCAAGGACCAUGCAUUCCCCUUGGACGAGAUGCCGCCCGGAGCAUUCUACAAUGCUGAUGAACAAUGUACCUUCCUGUUCGGGCCAGACUACAUGCAUUACGACCAAGGAGGGGACAAGAUGUGUAGCCAGUUGUGGUGUAAGACGAGAGACGCAGCUUCUACGAUGUCUCUGGGAGAUCCACCUGCGGAAGGAACAAACUGCGGCCCAAACAAGUGGUGUUUCAACAAGGAGUGUGUGGCUCAGGGACAGCGACUGGCAGCAGUCAACGGAGAGUGGGGAGAGUGGAAGGGAUGGAGCGAGUGUUCCCGCAGCUGUGGCGGAGGAGUGUCCGUGAGGGAACGGAAGUGUGACAACCCACAGCCGCAGCACAAGGGACGCUACUGCCUCGGCCAGCGGCAUGAAUACGCAAUGUGCAAUACACAGGACUGUCCUCCAGGGCCUGCAUUCAAAGCAACACAAUGCUCUGAGUUUGAUGAUAAAGCAUAUCAGGGAUUGAUACAUACUUGGAAACCAUUUGAUCCACCAGACUCAGAUCCAAAUCCCUGUGCCUUGUACUGUAUCAACGAGCAGAACGUAUUCACCAAGCUCGCUCCCAGAGUUAAAGACGGGACUCGAUGUAAACGUGGCACCAAGGACACUUGUGUUCAAGGCUCUUGUUUGGCUGUCGGAUGUGACUGGAAACUCUUCUCUGAUGCUGUAGAAGAUGUUUGCGGGGACUGUGAAGGAGAUGGAACUCUUUGCACCAUUGUUGAUCAAACAAUCAAAACUAUCCCGAAGAAAGGUUAUGCUGAGUUAGUUGUAGUCCCCCCUGGAGCAAGAAAUAUUCACUUUGAAGAGUUAAAGCCAACAGGGAACAUGAUUGCUGUCUCGGCAAUAGACAAUAAAACAUUUUACGUAAACGGAGGAUACACUGAAUAUUUGGAAGGAGAAUAUGAUUUUGGAGGAGUAAAAGGAGUUCAUGAAAAGCCAGAAAAAGAAAAAGGUGAAAUCCACAUAAAAGGACCUAUUGUUGAACCACUUGUUUUAUGGGGGGUCUUCUUUGAGGAUACUAAUCCAGGGAUGAAAUACUCCUUUUCGAUUCCAUCGGAGAAACCAACUUACUCUCCCAAGUACCACUGGGAGUUUGCGGAUUGGGGUCCUUGUUCAGCACGAUGUGGGGGAGGCACACAGCUUAUGAAACAAAUCUGUGUGGAAGAGCGAGAUGGAAAAGUUAAAGAUUCAUAUUGUAAGGACAAGCCCAAGUCUGAACCCAGAGCGAGAGCCUGUAAUGACCAGCCUUGUCGCACAAGAUGGAAGGUGUGGAAGUGGGGUCCGUGCUCGGGCUGUCUGUUCAGAUCCGGGACUCGUACGAGGCUGGUGGAGUGUGUGAAGGAGAGUCCGACGCUGACCGAUGACGAGGAGAUCAUCACGGAGCCGAGUGAGUGCUGCGGAGAAAUGCCCAGCAAGUCUCAACUGUGCAACUCUCCCAAGCCUUGUACGGAUAAUAUCACCAGUAAUCUUGCUAAAAAGAGAGAAGUACUAGUGGUGCCGAUGAAAAAGUGGAUUGAAAAAAGGGAGAACGAGGCAGGAGGAAAGUCGUUCAGUGACAUGUCAAGAUCCACAAUAGUCCCAGUCAAGGAUGUAGUCCACUCCGAGACUAUACACUUGCACGAGGUCAUGUUGGACGAGAACCACCUCAACUUGACGGAGAAGGAGUUCGAAGAGAUGGGAGAUGAGGUACCCAGCAAGGUUCUCUCCUGUGAGAUGCAAAAUCUGACAGGUAAAGAUGCAUUGGAAAGACUACAGGAAGUCAUCCAUGGGCCUGGCUAUAAUAGAAAUUCAACAAAAGUAUCCAUGGGAGACAAAGGAGAAAGAAAAUGCCAAGUUAUCAUGCAACUGACGGGAGCUAGUUGGAGAUCUUUAUUACAAACAGUCCCGUAUUGA